GUCGUCGCCGCCGCGGGCCUGGGUUCACGUCCCUGCCCGGGCCCUGCGACCUCGUAGCAUCGCGCAUGCGCGCAGGCCCAGCCUGGGGUCCGCUUUGGCGUCGUCCCCAGGCUGCGAGUCGAGGAUUCCCGCCCCCAGCGCGGCGUGGCCCUUGGCCCCCCGCGUCCCCAGCCUUUCCCUGCGCCUUGGCGCGGGCUAGCGUUGCUGUUUCCAGGUCUUUCCGCUCUCUUCCGCCCGGAACCGCCUCACUGACUCAGUGGCGGCUGCUGCUCUGGGCCUUCGGUCCUGAAGUGGAGGGAUGGCGGGGAAGGCCUGGCUUUGCAUCCGGAGCCGUCCUAAGGUUUUCAGCCUGUCGGUUGGGCUCUGCUUAGGCCGGAAGUGGAGAGGUUUAGAGGUAGAAAACUUUCCCGAUGUCCCUCCUUGGCGGAGCUGGAACUUCCGCCUGAGUUGAAGACAGGUUUAGAGCCAACUUUUUGCCGUUCUUUACAAGAAGACAGCUUUACAAGAAUCUAGACGGACCAAAUUUCGGGCGUCAGAACUCUCCAGCAACCAGGGACUGCACAGGAUUGAGUCCAUAUGGAGGAAGAACUGCCUGGUUUCUAUGGAGAAAGUGGCAAGCCAGUACAUGCUAACCUGUCAUCACUGAAGAUGUUAGAUGUGGGAAAGUGGCCAAUUUUUUCUCUUUGUUCUGAGGAAGAACUGCAGUUGAUUCGUCAGGCUUGUGUCUUUGGCAGUGCUGGCAAUGAAGUUUUAUACACUACAGUCAAUGAUGAGAUUUUUGUGCUUGGCACAAACUGCAGUGGCUGUCUGGGGCUAGGUGAUAUCCAGAGCACCAUUGAGCCUCGAAGACUGGAUUCUUUAACUGGGAAAAAGAUCGCCAGCCUCAGUUAUGGGAGUGGCCCACACAUUGUCCUUGCAACAACAGAUGGAGAAGUCUUUACUUGGGGUCACAAUGCGUAUAGCCAGCUGGGCAAUGGAACAACGAAUCAUGGUUUAGUGCCCUGCCAUAUCUCGACAAAUCUGUCAAACAAACACGUCAUUGAGGUUGCCUGUGGGUCUUACCAUUCUUUGGUCCUAACAUCUGAUGGAGAGGUGUUUGCCUGGGGUUAUAACAACUCUGGGCAAGUAGGAUCUGGGUCAACAGCUAACCAGCCCAUUCCUCGAAGAGUCACCGGAUGUUUGCAGAAUAAAGUCGUUAUGAACAUAGCUUGUGGGCAGAUGUGCUCCAUGGCUGUUGUGGACACUGGAGAGGUCUACGUCUGGGGUUACAAUGGGAAUGGGCAGCUGGGCCUGGGCAGCAGCAGCAACCAGCCAACCCCAUGUAGAGUGGCAGCUCUGCAAGGCAUCCGUGUCCAGUGGGUUGCCUGUGGCUACGCACAUACCUUAGUAUUAACAGAUGAAGGUCAAGUGUAUGCUUGGGGUGCAAAUUCCUAUGGCCAGUUGGGCACUGGCAAUAAAAGUAACCAGUCCUAUCCUACCCCUGUUGUUGUAGAAAAGGACAGGAUCAUAGAGAUUGCAGCCUGUCACUCUGCCCACACAUCCGCUGCCAAGACCCAGGGCGGGCACGUGUACAUGUGGGGCCAGUGCCGGGGCCAGUCUGUGACCCUCCCCCACCUCACCCACUUAUGCUGCACUGAUGACGUGUUCGCCUGCUUUGCCACCCCUGCUGUCACCUGGCGCCUUCUCUCCGUGGAACCGGAUGACCACCUCACUGUGGCUGAGUCACUGAAGAGGGAAUUUGACAAUCCUGACACUGCAGACCUCAAGUUUCUGGUUGAUGGAAAAUACAUUUAUGCUCACAAAGUCCUUCUCAAAAUCAGGUGUGAGCAUUUUCGUUCUUCAUUAGAAGACAGUGAAGAUGAUAUUGUAGAAAUGAGUGAAUUUUCAUAUCCUGUGUUCCGAGCUUUCCUGGAAUACCUAUACACAGAUAACAUCAAUCUAUCUCCCGAGGAGGCAGUAGAUGGAAGAUUUGGCUUUCCUCAUACUCCACCACUGAGCCACACCCUCAGGCCCUGAACCCAAACUUCCCUUGUUGCUACUGCACAUGAAGGUUGAGUGAGUAGAUCAUUGGGAGGUCAAUAGAGUAUCAGCCACCACUGGAACAUCACAGGCAAGCAUGGAGGAAGGGGCAGAUGGCAAAUCCUGUCUGUAAAGGCAGAGCCCUAGGUGGUCUCUUCAUCACUGCACCAGGGUAGGUAGAUCAAGGCUGUGUCUGCUACACAUUGGUUGUGAAAGUCAGCAUUUCUAGCUGGCUCAGCUACACAUCCCAUGAUCUGGGUAGAAAGGCAGAAUGGACGUGUGUGUUUGUAUGUGUUUGCAUGUGAGUGGGCACACAUGUGAGGACUCAGUAUGAUUUAGCCCAGCCAUAUGGAUCCUCAGGGAAACUCAUUUGUCACUGCCAGUCUGAUAUUCAUCCUAAUUAAUAAGCCCUCUAAUGAAGAUUCACUACUAUCCAAUAAAAAGAAAAGGAAAAAAACAAUGACCAUUUUUAUUAUAUGGUAGUUGCCCAUAUAACAAAUCCUUACAGGCAUAUCAAUUAACAGACAUGACAGAGCCCCUCGGAGAAAGCUAUUUAUUUUUAAAAUGUUAAAAAGUGUAAAGGGAUCAGUAUCAGCAGGUAAAGAUGACUGCCACCAGGUCUGACAAAUAAAAUUGAACUGAUUACCACAGGUUGUCCUCUGACCUCCACAUCUGCACUAUGGCACACCCUCCAAGUAAAUGAGUUUAAAAAGUUGUGUGUGUGUGUGUGUGUGUGGACCAGAACAGUCAGGGCUACACAGAGAAACUCUGUCUCAGGGAAAAAAAUAUAUAUUGAAGUGAUAUAAAGUGUUUGAAGAUGCAUACAGUGGUCAUCUGUGCUUUACCCAUGCUCAUUCCAUGAGUGUGCUCUGAUCCACUCCAGUGAACUCUGUCUGUCUUCUACAUUACACAUUGUAUCUUGUCUGAAUUUUAUUAGCAGAGAUCACAAGGACCAGGUAGCUGAAGGGAGGCCAGACUGAGAUCCUGAUUACAAGUUAACCUUUUGGUCAGGGACAACCUGGGUCUGAAUGUAGAUAUAGCCUACAUAGGUUCCCAAGGGGUUUGGACUGCUGGGCUCGCAAUGGUGGAUCCCAUUGAUGCCAGGGCAGAGGACCCACAAUGACUUAGAUCAGGUGCACACAUCCUCAGCUGAACUCUUACUGGUGAUAAAUUCUGACAUUUUUGCUAACUAACAAUCCCUCUUUUUGAAGAUUCAAACAGCAAUAUUUGAAAAUUAACAGGAUCCUUCAAAUGCCUAUUGAAUAAUCCUGGUUAGAAUAGUCCAAAUUGAGCUAAAAUGAAAUGACUUUUAUAUAUAUAUAUAUAUACACAUAUAUGUCCCCAUUGAAUUAUUUAAAGGAGAUAACAUAAAAGGAAACAUCAGCAUUCAUAAGUAGUACUUAAAACAAAGGGACUAAAGCUCAUUUGGAGAAGUAUGUGAGGACUGAACAGGGAUAAUAGUCCAGCCAAAAGAAGAGUUACUAAUUCAGAAAAGAAAAACAUAAGCAAGUGACAGAGUGCCCAGGGUCAGAGCCUGUCCCCCACAUUAAACUCUGGGUGAAUGUUGAAUAAGAGAAACCACAUCAGCCUCUGAAUUUGGCCAUGUGAGGCUCAUUUACAUAUGUGGAUUCACUGUGGGGCAGCAGAACACAGUGGGAGGUGAAAAAAGACAGCAAUUAUAGACGGCUCUCUAGUUUUGCUAAAAAAGGAGAGGAAAGCUGUGUUGGAGGAGUGGGAGGCUGAUGUGCCCGUGAAGGGUAUCCCUUUGUUACUUGAAGGUAGGGCUUGACCUGCUAACCUUGUGCACUGCACCACUGACCUUUGCCCAACUCCAACCCCACCGGUUUUCUUUUCUUUUUUAAAUUCUGACAACAUGUAUGCUGAGAAGUUUCUGCUAAUUCAGGAGAGGGUAACUGAGAGAAACACAAACCUGUCAUUUUGUUUCUAGGAAAAAUCAUUCAAGCCAUUCUUUGGUUAGCUCUUGUUUUCCAGUAGCUUUUCUCCAUGCGAGCUCAGCUCAUCUGCCUUCUUAGGGCGCUAUGACUAUAGUUCACUCUAUCAGUGCUGCACGGAGCUCAUUGUGCCUGAUGGAAGCAGUACUCAUAUCCUUUUGAAUGCUAGAGUUGAGGUCAAGUGCUCAGAGUACACACACAAUAAUUCUUCUUU